CAUUGACUUGCCUCUCGUGUGGUGUCGUGUUUGCUGGUCGAGCUUUGGGCGCAAUCUGUCAUUCUGCAACAAGAAAACCUACGCAUUUGAGUCGUGCAAGUGCAAAGAGUCUCUUCUUUGAGAAGAAUAACGUAAAGCUGUUGAAGGCUAUGCCCAUCUGCACCUCCGAAAUGGAAGAAUCCACAGAGAAAAAACUAGUGUUGAACAUGAAGAACAGCUCUGAUGUGAAACACCAGGGCUACUUUGAAGACUUUAACAAGAGGAAAAGGAGUGAUGAAGGUGAUUAUAUUGAACAUUCUGCAAAAGUCAAGAAAAAGAAAUUCGAACAUAAAACAGUGUCGAGGGAAAGUAAUUUUGGUCAAAAUUCUCCAGGAGGUGGUGCUCAGGAAAGCUCAGAUGCCCCCAGUCGUGUUGUGAAACUUGUUGGAGCUGCUGGUUUUGAUAAGGAAACUUCAGAUGAGAGGAGAGAUGUUUUAACAUCACUAUUUAAAGGAAAUCCAGAAAUUCCCUACGUACCACAGUCGCACGUUGAGCGAAUUUCAGAAAAGGUGUUUUCUGAUAGUAAUUUUGAAAAACUGGAUAUUGCUCCACAAAUUGUCUCAAAUUUAAAAAAGUACGGCUUUACUUCAAUGACUGUAGUUCAGCAGAGGAGUAUACCACAUGUUUUAGCAGGGAAGGACUCUCUUAUCAAAUCACAAACAGGAUCUGGGAAAACUUUGACAUAUGCAAUUCCUAUUGUUCAUAGGCUGAUGACGCAAGAUCAACGUGUAAAUCGUACUGAUGGACUUCUUGCACUUAUCAUUGUACCAACAAGAGAGCUGGCAUUGCAAAGUUACCAGUGGUUUGAGAAGCUGUGCAAGUCUUGUGUGUGGGUUGUCCCUGGCUACCUUAUCGGUGGAGAAAAGAAGAAAGCUGAAAAAGCCCGUCUGCGUAAAGGUAUAAAUAUUCUCAUAGCUACUCCAGGUCGUCUGAUUGAUCAUGUUCAUCACACUAAAUCCUUAAGCCUGGCCACCGUCAAAUAUCUUGUCAUUGAUGAAGCUGACAGAUUGUUGGAUUUAGGGUAUGAGAGAAAUAUGACAAGUAUAAUGGAGUCUCUGAAGGAGCAGCAGCCAAGUUUGGAAAAGUGUAGACAGACCAUCAUGUUGUCUGCCACUCUUUCUGCAGGAGUGGAGAAACUUGCAGGGAUGAGUCUGUUGUCUCCCAAAGUAAUUGAUGUCAGUCAUGAUGGAUUGGAGGAUGAUGAUGAGAAGUUGUUGUCAACUGAAGCAUUGGCAACUCCAGAAAAUCUUUCUCAUCAUUAUAUUUUAGUUCCAGCCAAAUUAAGGCUUGUUACAUUGGCAGCAUUUAUUUUGUCAAAAUGUAUGUAUGGCGAUGAAAGGAAAAUAAUUAUUUUCUUUGCAACUCAGGAUAUGGUGGACUAUCAUACAGCUCUCUUCUCACAAGUAUUGUCCAAAUACUGGAAUGAUAACAAACCAAGGAAAGAAGAAAAAUCAUCCCUUACUAGACGAGCAGAAAGAGUCCUUGCUGGUUAUGAAGAUGAAAGUGAAGAAGAUAGUAGCAGUGAUGAUGAUGAUGUUGAGGAAGAGGUUGAAGAACAAGAGGGUGCUAUAUCUUUCCAAAAGCUACAUGGAAAUAUGACACAAGAGGACAGAUCAUCAGUUUUCAGAACUUUUAAGGAGGCAUCAGCUGGAGUUUUGAUGUGCACUGAUGUAGCAGCUCGAGGCUUAGAUUUGCCAAAAGUAUGUUGGAUUGUGCAGUUCAAUGCCGCAUGUACCGCAGCAGAUUAUGUGCAUCGUGUGGGACGCACUGCUCGAGUUGAUGCUUCAGGCUCAGCGUUAAUAUUUUUAGCCCCUGCAGAAUCUUCUUAUAUCCAGAUGUUGGAAAGUCACAAGAUCAUAUUGCAGGAGGUAAAAAUGCAAAAAGUCUUGGGGACGCUGAAGUUCAUUUCUUCAGAAGCAAAGUCUCAACACCAUGCCCUUGAAGAAAGUGCUACUGGCCUUCAGCUUCGAGUUGAAAACCUGCUUCUUUCAGAUAAACAUCUUCAUGACUUGGCUAGGAAAGCUUAUGUGUCUUUUGUGCGGUCAUAUGCAUCUUACCCAAGGCAGCUUAGAGAAAUGUUCAACUUCAAAGCACUGCAUCUUGGCCAUUAUGCUAAAAGCAUGGGAUUGAGGGAUACCCCUAGUGCUCUUGGAGCAUCUGCUGCCUUCAAAGCCAAGCGAGAGAUCAAAGAAAAGAGGGAAAAGAAAGAGAAGAAAAUGAGAAUACAAAGGAUGAGACAACUUCCCGGCAAGAUACCCAGGCAUGCUGAAGUGUCUGAAUUUGAUAGUGGCCUUGACACCAUCCCUAAAAAGGACAGAAAAAAAUAAUUACAUGAAAAUAUUUUGUUUUUGCUGUAAAUAUGAUCGUAUUUAUAGUUAUGAGUUUUUCAUAGAAAAUUUUAAGAUUUGUUGUAAAUAAUGUAGUUUUUAAAUUAUAAUAUAAGGCUUAC